AUGUGGAACCAGUUCAAUCUCGUCAGACUGGCCACGGCCUUCCUGACUGCAUCGUCCAUGGCCCAUCCUGGCCAUGAGGAGGAGGAGAGGAAAAGCUUGGCCACGGCCGGAUCCUUCGCCGACUCUGCUCUCUCUGUCGGAAGGUGCUCUGGUAAUGCCGAGAAGGUGGCCCGCCGGAUGGAGGCUGCCAUUCAACGCCAUGCUCAUACCCAGAGGCUGAAGAAGCGCAGCGUCGACACUCAGGGCAACUCUCUCGACAAGCGCUCCCUGGAGUCAGUCCUCGGUACCAACCACCACUCCCGCCUGCGAGGCAUCACCCUGGACAGCGACCCGAGAGACUUCUUCACCACGACGACGUGCAUCUUGAGCCCUGAUGGCGGCAUCGGUCCGUACUACGUGCCUGGAGAGCAGGUGCGCCGGGACAUCACCGAAGAUGAGGAAGGGGUGCCCCUGUAUAUCCACGUGCAGUUCAUCGACGUGCAUACGUGCGACCCCGUCCCGGGAGUGUACGUGGACGUUUGGCAGGCCAACUCGACGGGCGUCUACUCGGGUGUCCAGAAUCCGGUCAACGGCAAUGGUAGGGACAGGUCCAAUAUCCACAACACUGCCCUGCGCGGCAUCCAGCGUACCGACAGGAACGGCGUCGUCAUGUUCGACUCCAUCUUCCCGGGAAUGUACUACGGUCGCGCCGCCCACAUCCACGUACUGGCUCACAGCGAGGCCACCCGUCUGCCCAGCAACACCGUCGUCAGCAAGUACGCCUCCCAUAUCGGCCAGCUGUUCUUCGACCAGGACCUCGUCCACGGUAUCAGGGACAUCUACCCGUACAGCACUAACGUGACCGAUCUCACCCUCAACAGGGACGACGACUUCAUCAAGAUGAUCACGGAGAGCAGUGAGUCUGAUCCCGUCUUCAAGUAUGUCCUCCUAGGAGAUGACCUCGCCGACGGCGUCUUCGCCUGGAUCACCGUUGGCAUCCAGACCACCUCCUACUACGACAUCGACCACGACUUUGUGAUGACGGAGAAUGGAGGUGUCGCUCUGAACGAUGAUUAG